UAAUUCUUGGAAGCUUUCCGCUUCCUGUUUCCUCAUAGUAGCUAGCUACCGCAAACAGCCUGUGCGAUACAUUAGUUAUUAAAUUACUGCUACUGUUAUCAGCCCUGUAGCUGUAGCCGUUUGUUAAAGAUGAACACGGUCCUGUCCAGAGCUAACUCUCUGUUCGCUUUCUCUCUGAGCGUCAUGGCGGCCUUAACGUUCGGCUGUUUUAUCACGACAGCGUUCAAAGAUAGAAGAGUUCCUGUGGACAUCCACGUCGCUAAAGUCAUGCUGAAGAACGUUGACGACUUCACAGGACCCAGGGAGCGCAGUGAUCUAGGCUUCAUCACCUUUGACCUCUCAGCUGAUUUGCAGCCAAUUUUUGACUGGAACGUAAAACAACUGUUUCUCUACCUGUCUGCUGAGUACUCCACAAAGAGCAAUUCUCUGAACCAGGUGGUGCUGUGGGACAAGAUUGUCCUUCGAGGUGAAAACACCAAACUGAACUUCAGAGACAUGAAGUCCAAAUACUUCUUCUUCGAUGACGGCAAUGGACUCAGGGCCAACAAGAACAUCACUCUGACACUGUCGUGGAACGUCGUUCCCAACGCCGGAAUCCUGCCUCUCGUUGCCGGAAGCGGAUACGUCAGCCUCCCGUUCCCAGACGCAUACGAGACCACCAAGAGCUAUUAGACCGAGACGCACACACUGUACUGAUGAAACCAGACUCACUCACACUGUACACACACACGUUUCUUCAUAAAUGUAAAAGAAUUUUUGGUUUGUAAUAAAAGUUGAGAGUGGAA